CAUAAUAUUAGAAAGAAAAAAAAAGAAGAAUGAGAUCUUUCGAAUCACUGGGCGCAAUUUUACAAUUAAUCUUCUUUCCUGUACCACUUUUGAUUUGAAAAGAGGAACAGGAUCAGUAAAACAGUUGUAAUAAUAAAAAAAAAGAAACAAAUUUUUUCAAAAGAAAGUUAACAAAACGUUGAAUAAUUUUUUUUUCUCUUUUUCUAUAAUUUCUCUAUAGUCGAAUAAAAUUUGAAUCUAAAGAUAUUAAAUCGGGACCUAAAUUUGGAUUUAAUAUAAACGCAUAUUAGAGAUAUCAACUAUAACAGUGUAAUAGAUAGAAUAGGAGAGGAUACGAAGUAAUAGACCAGAGGCUAGUCAGUUACAUCGGAGUUCUGUAUCGUUGACAAACGCCGUCUCUACAAGUGAUUAUCCAAAAAGUCAUGUCCCGUACAUCAUUUAUUCUAUUUCUGGCAGUAUUUCUUUUAAUCUGUCAAGAAAUCUCGGCAAGAAGAGGACGCGCCAGAGGUAAAAGCAGGUCUCGUGUUCAAAUUGGAUUGCCAAUAACAGGAAAAUAUCGCGAUUCAGAAAGUGAUAACUACUACAAUAACAAACACGGAGCGAAAAUUAUACUUGCUUCACAUUUUGAUUUGGAAUACGUUCUUGGGCACAAAAUUGCUUUUCUUUGUACGGCUCGUGGAACUCCACGACCUCACAUAACAUGGUAUAAAGAUGGAAAUGAAAUUUACACUCAUCUCUAUUUACACGUUCACGAGUGGCAAAUUGGAGAAGACAAAAUAAAAUCAAAAUUAGAAAUUGAUCCCACAACUCAAAUGGAUGCUGGAGUUUAUGAAUGCACGGCUGAUAAUAUGUAUAGUAUUGAUCGUAGAUCAUUCAAGACUGAUUUCUCUAUUGUUUUCGAUUAAAAUAUUUACAAUUUGUUUUUUUUUUUCAAAUUAUAUUCAUAAGAAACAAAAUUAGAACAGCAUACAAAAGAAAAACAAUUUUCGCCCCAAACUUUAUAAAUUUAUUUAAAAUUCUUUUUAAGUUUUGUUUUUAUUAAAAAUUAAAGUUUAAUAAUUAGUUAUAUUAGAAAAAGAAUUCUAUUCCUUUUUUUUCUAAAGAGGAAAAUUUUUAAUUUAAUUUAAAUUUUGUUAUUAUUUUUAGUAUUUAGUUUUUAAAACUGUUAGAAAAAAUUUUCAUUAUAAUUUUUUUGUAAAAUCAAAAAUGAAAAUAAAUAAUAAUUAUAUUAUGA